UUCUCGUUCGUGCUUGGUCGCCACUAGCCCAGUCGCAAGUGCUCCUCCUGCAGCCGCCGCCGCCACCGGCCCCGCUGCCUGGUCCGUCGUUCACUCUCGUCGCCGUAUUCAGUUCUCCAUUCAGGUUCCUAGCAAUGAGAAAACCCAAAUCAAGGCGCUUACACAAGCAGCAACGGCUUGCAGAGGAAGAUGAGAUUAAACUGUUGGAUUCAUGGAUUCAAUCCCAGAAACCAGACUCUGGAUCCAACCCCAUGUCAUUUCCCCCUUUGUCCUCCAAAGAGCCUAUAGGUUGCAUUGAUAGCAAUACAUUCUCGCGAUAUGCGGGUGUCACGAGGUUUGAUCAGUUGCCAAUUUCCAAGAAAACUAAGGAUGGAUUGUUAGAAGCCAAGUUUGUUAAGAUGACCGACAUACAGAGGGCAUCUUUGCCCCAUGCACUUUGUGGGCGAGAUAUUUUGGGUGCAUCUAAAACUGGGUCGGGAAAAACCUUGGCUUUCAUUGUUCCGGUCUUGGAAAAGUUAUAUAGAGAGAAGUGGGGCCCUGAAGAUGGGGUAGGCAGCAUCAUCAUAUCUCCUACAAGAGAAUUAGCUAGUCAGCUGUUUGAUGUUUUAAAAAGUGUUGGUAAGCACCAUAAUUUCAGUGCUGGCCUGCUGAUUGGUGGUCGCAAGGAAGUUAAUGUGGAGAAAGAACACGUAAAUGAUCUGAACAUUUUGAUCUGCACACCUGGUCGCCUUCUACAACACAUGGAUGAAACUCCAAAUUUUGAUUGCUCACAGAUUCAGGUGUUGGUGCUAGAUGAGGCAGAUCGGAUUCUUGACAGUGGAUUUAAGAAGGAACUAAAUGCGAUAAUAUCACAGCUUCCAAAGCAUAGACAAACCCUACUCUUCUCGGCAACUCAAACGAAAUCUAUUGAAGUUCUUGCAAGACUAAGUUUAAAGGACCCAGAGUAUCUGAGUGUCCAUCAAGAGUCUGUGACUGCCACCCCUACUCUCUUGAGACAGCUUGUGAUGAUUGUUCCUCUGGACCAAAAGUUAGAUAUGUUGUGGAGUUUCAUAAAGUCACAUCUAAACUCCAAAAUACUCGUUUUUCUCUCUAGCUGUAAACAGGUAACAUUUGUUUUUGAAGCAUUUAAGAAACUUCGUCCUGGCAUACCCUUGAAAUGUCUUCAUGGGAGGAUGAAGCAGGAAAGAAGAAUGGGAAUAUAUUCUGAGUUUUGUGAGAAGCGCUCAGUACUCUUCUCAACUGAUGUGGCUGCAAGAGGGCUUGAUUUUAAUAAGGCAGUUGACUGGGUUGUUCAGGUGGAUUGUCCUGAAAACGUAGCAUCUUACAUACACAGAGUUGGGAGAACUGCUCGCUACAAGUCCGGGGGUAGAUCAGUUUUAUUUUUGAUGCCUUCAGAGAUGAAAAUGCUUGAAAAAUUAGAAGCAGCUAAAGUUCCGGUACAUCUUAAUAAGCCUAGGAAGGAAAAACUGCAGCCAGUUUCUGGUUUAUUAGCAGCAUUACUGGUCAAGUACCCAGACCUCCAGCAAUGGGCAAAAAGGGCCUUCAUAACAUAUUUGAGAUCCAUUCAUAUCCAGAAGGAUAAAGAAAUCUUUGAUCUUAUGAAAUUGCCGAUUGAUGAAUAUUCAGCAUCAUUAGGUCUGCCCAUGACCCCCAAAACCCGAUUUCUUAACCAAAAAAUUAAAUCUAAAGCUGUGCCAGCAAAACCAGUUUUAGCUGAACCAGAAGAUUCUGACAGAGAAAUUACAUUAGAGGUUCCAAGAAAGAAUCUGGAUGUUAAUGGUCCUGAGGAAGAGGAAGAGGAAGAGGAAGAAGAAGAAGAAAAAGGUCUUCUUUUGCCAGACGAUUCCUCUGAUGAAAGGGAAGGGAGAGCACCAGAAAUUGUAGAUGUCAUACCACCAACCCGUGUUUCAAAGAAAAAGAAGCUCAAGAUCAACAUACAUAGACCAAUGGGGACUAGGGUUGUAUUUGAUGAUGAAGGUAAUGCUCUUCCUCCACUGGCGAGAAUUGCUGAUACACAGACUGGCAAGGAAACAUUGCUGCUUGAUCCAGAGCAAAAAGCUGAAUACUACAGAAAGAUGCGUGAGGAGUUGAAAAAGGUUGACAAGGAAGACAAGCUUGUGCAACAACAGCGUCGAAGAGAGAAGAAAAUCAAGCAAAAGAUGAAGUGGAAGGAAAGAGGUGCUGAAGAGGAUGAUGAUGACAUUUCUGGGUCAGAAGAUGGAGAUGAAGUUGCAGAUAGAAGGAGGCAUAAAAAGAGCAAGAUAUAUUUUGAUAGCGACAGUGAUGAUGACACUAAAGGAACUGAAGUCGCAGGAGGGGAAGAGGGUAUUAUCUCUAAGCCUGUUACUUUGGAGGAGCAAGAAGCCUUGGCUUUGAAGUUGUUAAAUUCCAUGCACUCAUAGGAUAUGCCAUAAGCCUGUAGGACAAUCCUACAAAGAAGUCUUUGGAGGGAACAGAGAAGUAUGAUAUAUAUAUAUAUAUAUAUAUAUAUUAACGCUUUUAGUGCAGUGAUAGUUAACUAGACAAGGGUUUAGAGUGCAGAGUCGGACGGUCAGCUUAGGCUUGAUCAAAAUUUUGCGGCAUUUGCUCAUUUUUCUUGCGAUUAGAUUUGCACUGAAAUGUAAGUAAUAAUUUGCUAAUAGAUCAUACUUGAUUUUUUUUAAUCAUUCUUUGUUUUAUUA